UCCUCUGGCUAAGGGAAUGUGUGUGACAGUAGUAUAUGGUCCCAGCUCUGAAUCUGGUGAGUAUCUUGAAUUCAGGAUUUGGUUCAAGGCCAUUGUGGUUUGGUUUAGGUAUAUUUGUGUGUUCAGUAUUUUCCUAUAGAAGACUGCCAUGAGCCAUAAUGGCACUAAAUUCUUUUUGCUACAAAGAUUGCAUAACAUUUAUCGUUGUGAAAUGUGUUAUUGUGGGAAGUGAGUCAAGCAUAUGGAAAGAAAUUCUAUGCAAAUCUACCCAUUAUCCACACACCAGCUCAGUCUAUAUAAAGACAAGGCUACAUGUAACCACCAAUAACAAUAAACACUUCUUAGAGGGAAGUGCAGCAAAAAAGUGUUUUGUUACCUCACAGCUGAGUCAGAACCAAAGAAGGAGACGCGAGGCACCAGCCAUGCUCCCCUCCCGGCCUCUCCUGCGCGCUGCAGUGUUUGCCCUCACGGUCCUUCAGGCCUUUGCCUCCGACACCUUCACUGCUGCCGUCUACGAGCACGCCGUCAUCCUGCCAGAUGCCACCGAUGAGCCUGUUUCUCCUGAGGACGCUUUGGCCCUGAUGAACAAAAACAUGGAUGUCUUGGAAGGGGCCAUCAAGGAAGCUGCCCAGCAGGGCGCCCACAUCAUUGUGACUCCUGAAGACGGCAUUUAUGGCUGGCGUUUCACGAGGGAAACCAUCUACCCGUACCUGGAGGAUAUCCCUGAUCCAGCAGUGAACUGGAUUCCCUGCACCGACCCCACAAGGUUUACUCCAGCACCAGUGCAGGAACGACUCAGCUGCAUGGCCAGGAAUAGCUCCAUCUAUGUGGUUGCAAACAUCGGGGACAAGAAGCCAUGUAACUCCAGUGAUCCCGGCUGCCCCAGCGACGGUCGCUAUCAGUACAAUACCGACGUCGUCUUUGACCCAGAGGGGAAACUGGUGGCUCGUUACCACAAAUACAACCUCUUUAGAAGAGAAACUCAGUUUAAUUACCCAAAAGAACCAGAAGCUGUCACCUUUGAGACCCCCUUUGGAAAGUUUGGCAUUUUCACUUGCUUUGACAUCCUUUUCCAUGAGCCUGCCGUGGUCCUGGUGAGAGAGUUGCAGGUGGACACCGUGCUCUUCCCAACGGCUUGGAUGAACGUCCUGCCGUUUCUGACUGCGGUUGAGUUUCACUCUGCCUGGGCUAUGGGCAUGGGUGUCAAUUUACUUUCAGCAAAUACUCACAACAUCAGCUUGGCAAUGACAGGCAGCGGGCUGUUCACGCCGGAGGGACCUGCUGCCUACCAUUACGACAGUGGGACUGAGGAGGGACGUCUCCUGCUAGCAGAGCUGAGUGCACAUCCCCGUCUUUCCCCACCUACCCCCCCCGCUGUCAACUGGAGCUUGUAUGCCACAAGCAUCAAGAAAUUUCCAGAAGAAAAAGACACUUUUUCUGGAGCUGUCCGACGGGAUAUAUUCACUUUCAGUGAACUCAGGCGCAAAGCUGGAAAUUGCACAGUUUGCCAAGGAGACCUCUGCUGUCAUUUGGUCUAUCGGAUGUCAAACAAGAGCAAAGACGAAGUUUAUGUCCUGGGUGCAUUUGAUGGGCUUCAUGGUUCUCUCAUAAAAUACCACUGGCAGAUAUGCACGCUGCUCAAGUGCAAGAGCACAGACCUGGACACGUGUGGGCAGCCGGUGGAGACGGCUCAGACCAAGUUUGAGGUGUUCUCCCUCAGCGGCACAUUUGGCACCAACUACGUCUUCCCAGAAGUCUUGUACAGCGGGGUGCAGCUGGCCCCGGGGGAGUUCCAGGUGCUACGUGAUGGACGUUUGAAAAGUAAACACAGCACAUCAAAACCGCUCGUAACAGCGACGCUUUUUGGAAGGCUUUAUGAAAAGGAUCUGCCGCAUCCUCUGCGAAACUCCCCAUAACAUAACCGUACACAGGAGGGGGAUUUCCUACUGGGAUCCAUCUCCUCAUGAGCUGUGGAAGUUAUCCUGUAUCAUUCUUGUUCCUCAAUCUUGGACUUCUGCUCAGCAGCCAUAGCAGUUGUGUUUAUUUAGGAGAAAGCAAUGUGAUCACUCUGCUGUGCAUACCUUUUUUAAUAGUGCUCGAGAUAGUGAAAUUAUUUUAUAGUAUGAAUUCUCUGUCACAUGAAAUCUUUUAUUAGAAAUCAUUUUUCUCCCAAAGAUAUCAUGCCAGGAUCACAUUAGAAAGAAGACUGAUACUGAAAUGUUUGAAAUGUAAAGUUUGCCAGUUUGCUGCAGAACAAAUCUUCUCCAAGGAAGCCUUUCUGUCCCUUUUGCCCUUCCUGUUUGUCAGACUGUGUAAGCACUAAGUGUCCAUGUUUCUCAGCCUAACACACCAAUCAGUAGGGCUUCCCUAAUGCUCAAUGGGCCUUGGCCCCAUUCUGACCAAAGGACUGUACAAUGAAGAGAAAACCAGAUUUGAAAUGGUUUUAGGUGCAGCCUUAGAGAAAGUGGUCUUCCACAACCCACACAGACACUGAGUUUGUCUGAGCUCCAUAAAGCACCUUCAGUUUUGCAGUCCCUCUGAGCUUGCACUGUACUGUGCAUGGCAGACAGGUACUGGGUCCAAUGCAUUUCAGAUCAUACCACAUAAACAUAGUGUGCCAAUACCUUCUCCUGGGCAUUUGGAAAAAUUCUUCAAAACUGCAAAAACGUAGGGAAUAGGCAAUGUUUUAGUACCUGAAACAUAUUUUACCAUGUAGUGUGAGAAAAGGGCAUUAUUUGGAACCUCUAGCAAUGAUACGUAAAAUUUGUCAGUCCUGGGCCUGAUUUCUAUCAUGUUCUGCAGCAAAUGGGCCUCAUUUGUACCACAUAUGGCUUGGAGUGGUCUCUGUUUCAAUGUUUAUCCCAUUGCAUAUGCUUAUCCUUUUGCGUCUACUUCCCUUCACAUCACUGGCUUACAGUCUGCACCAUACUUAAGCCUGAGCUGUGCUACAUGUGGCACAUAUGAAACACUCUGUGGCUUCCCACCCCAUGCACACCAAUGUAUGUUAUCCAGGAGUUGUUGAAAUCACAUGAUUUCUGUUUUCCCAUGUGCUACUGCUUUUCAGCACACAACUUUGGAGGCUUGUUCCAGGACUUUUUUCAUCCUUGAAAUAAAACAGCUGAGCUUGUA